AAGGGUCAACAGAAAGAGGAACUUAAGAAAGAACUUGAUCUGGAUGACCACAAACUGAGCAGUAAGGAAUUGGAACAGAAAUUUGGCACCGACAUCAUCAGGGGCCUCUCUAGUGUCAGAGCUGCAGAACUCCUGGCUCGAGAUGGUCCUAAUACUCUCAGUCCUCCUAAGCAAACUCCAGAGAUCAUCAAGUUCCUCAAACAGAUGGUGGGGGGCUUUUCCAUCCUUCUAUGGAUAGGUGCCAUCUUGUGCUGGAUUGCAUAUGGGAUUCAGUCUCUCAAUAAUGCUGCAUCCCUAGACAAUGUAUACUUGGGCGCCAUACUUGUUCUGGUUGUUAUUUUGACGGGGGUCUUUGCUUAUUACCAAGAAGCCAAAAGCACCAACAUCAUGGCCAGCUUUAGUAAGAUGAUUCCCCAGCAAGCUCUCGUCAUCCGUGAUUCAGAAAAGAAGAUAAUCCCUGCAGAGCAACUGGUGGUGGGAGACAUCGUGGAGAUUAAAGGAGGAGACCAGAUCCCUGCAGACAUCAGGCUGCUGGCUUCCCAGGGGUGUAAGGUAGACAAUUCUUCUCUGACUGGAGAAUCUGAGCCCCAGUCUCGUUCAACUGAAUUCACUCAUGAAAACCCUCUGGAAACAAAGAACAUCGCCUUCUAUUCCACAACCUGUUUGGAAGGCACAGCCACGGGCAUGGUCAUCAACACGGGGGACCGCACCAUCAUUGGUCGCAUAGCCUCCUUGGCGUCAGGUGUUGGGAAUGAGAAGACGCCCAUUGCCAUUGAGAUCGAGCACUUUGUUCAUAUUGUGGCCGGAGUGGCUGUCUCCAUCGGCAUUAUUUUCUUCAUCAUCGCAGUGUCCAUGAAGUACUAUGUCCUGGACUCCAUCAUCUUCCUCAUUGGCAUCAUUGUGGCCAAUGUGCCGGAAGGCCUCCUGGCCACUGUUACUGUGACCCUGUCACUGACAGCAAAACGGAUGGCGAAGAAGAACUGUCUGGUGAAAAACUUGGAGGCGGUAGAGACCCUCGGCUCCACUUCCAUCAUUUGCUCCGACAAGACCGGGACUCUGACUCAGAACAGGAUGACUGUGGCUCAUCUGUGGUUUGACAAUCAGAUCUUCACAGCUGACACAAGUGAAAACCAGUCAAACCAAGCCUUUGACCAAAGCUCUGGAACCUGGGCCUCCUUAUACAAAAUAAUAACAUUAUGUAACCGAGCUGAGUUCAGACCAGGACAAGAGAAUGUCCCCAUCAUGAAGAAAGUUGUGGUUGGAGAUGCCUCAGAAACUGCACUUUUGAAAUUCUCAGAGGUCAUUUUGGGUAAUGUGAUGGAAAUUAGGAAAAGAAAUCCCAAAGUAGCUGAAAUCCCUUUCAACUCCACCAACAAAUUUCAGCUCUCCAUCCACAAGACAGAAGACCCCGAUGACAAGCGUUUCCUCAUGGUGAUGAAAGGGGCCCCCGAGAGGAUCUUGGAGAAGUGCAGUACCAUCAUGAUCAAUGGCCAGGAGCAGCCACUGGACAAGAGCACUGCCGACGCCUUCCUCAUGGCCUACAUGGAGCUAGGUGGCCUGGGCGAGCGUGUACUGGGUUUCUGUCAUCUCUACCUGCCAGAAGAUGUGUUUCCAGAAACCUACUCAUUUGAUGUAGACACCAUGAACUUUCCCACUUCCAAUCUAUGUUUUGUGGGGCUCUUGUCAAUGAUUGACCCCCCUCGAUCCACUGUGCCAGAUGCAGUCGCCAAAUGUCGGAGUGCAGGGAUCAAGGUCAUUAUGGUUACAGGUGAUCAUCCCAUCACAGCCAAAGCUAUUGCCAAGAGUGUAGGGAUCAUCUCUGCCAACAGCGAGACAGUGGAAGACAUUGCAAAACGUCGCAAUAUUGCUGUGGAGCAAGUUAACAAAAGGGAUGCUAAAGCAGCUGUGGUGACUGGCAUGGAGCUGAAGGACAUGACUCCGGAACAGCUGGAUGAACUCUUAGCCACCUAUGCAGAAAUUGUUUUUGCCCGGACAUCCCCCCAGCAGAAGCUGAUCAUUGUGGAGGGCUGUCAGAGGCAGGAUGCUGUUGUAGCUGUUACAGGGGAUGGAGUGAACGACUCUCCUGCUCUGAAGAAGGCAGACAUUGGGAUUGCCAUGGGAAUAGCAGGUUCUGAUGCUGCUAAAAAUGCAGCUGACAUGGUCUUGUUGGAUGACAAUUUUGCCUCGAUAGUCACAGGGGUGGAAGAAGGUCGCCUGAUCUUUGACAACCUAAAGAAGACCAUUGCAUACACCCUGACCAAGAACAUUGCUGAGCUCUGUCCCUUCUUGAUCUACAUUAUUGUCGGGCUCCCUCUGCCCAUUGGCACCAUUACCAUCCUGUUCAUCGACCUGGGCACAGACAUUAUUCCCUCCAUUGCCUUGGCCUAUGAGAAAGCUGAAAGCGACAUUAUGAACAGGAAGCCUCGCCACAAGAAGAAGGAUAGAUUGGUGAACAAGAACCUUGCCAUCUACUCUUACCUGCACAUUGGUCUCAUGCAAGCCUUGGGAGCUUUCCUGGUAUAUUUCACAGUCUAUGCACAACAGGGAUUUUGGCCCACCACUCUCAUUAACCUUCGGGUACAAUGGGAAAUGGAUGAUGUGAAUGAUUUGGAAGACAGCUAUGGGCAGGAAUGGACAAGGCACCAGAGGAAAUAUCUAGAAUGGACAGGCUACACAGCCUUCUUUGUUGGCAUUAUGAUCCAGCAAAUAGCAGAUCUGAUCAUCAGAAAAACCAGGAGGAAUUCCAUUUUCCAACAGGGGCUCUUCAGAAAUAAAGUCAUCUGGGUAGGAAUUGCCUCUCAGAUUAUCAUCGCCUUGAUCCUCUCCUAUGGCCUUGGAAGUGUUACAGCCCUGAGUUUUACCAUGCUCAGGCCUCAAUAUUGGUUUGUGGCUGUACCACACGCCAUCUUGAUUUGGGUUUAUGAUGAGAUACGAAAGCUCUUCAUCAGGCUCUAUCCUGGAAGUUGGUGGGAUAAGAACAUGUAUUACUGA